CUCCAUCGUUCCCAAUUCACAGCUCGCAGCUCACCAUCUUCUCUCCUCUCCCAAGCAUUCGCUCGCCGUCCUCUCCUCUCUGAAUCUUCUCGGGCAAGUCUUUCACCGUCGACAACAACCAGAUGGCUCGCUUCGCCGUGGUCGCCGCCAUCCUCGCCCUCCUCGCAGUCGCCGCCGCCGCGCAGGGCCCCAUGCCGGCGCCCCGGAUGGCCCCGCUUCCGGCGCCACCGGCGAGGUCCCCGGUCGCCACCCCUCCAACCGCCGCGUCGCCGUCCCCGAUGGCAUCUCCCCCUGCCCCGACGACCGACGCGCCGACCGACGCUCCCUCCGCGAUGACGCCGUCCGCGGUCUCCGCCACACCCUCCGGCGCCCCCAUCGGCGCCCCGAACGGCACCCCCGCGAGCUCCGCCGUGUACUCAUCCGCCGCCAGCUUCGUCGCGGUCGCCGGAGCGGUGGCCGCCGCCAUCGUGUUCUAGAUGCAGCGACGACUCUCCUUGCUGUUGUCUAUACAGUUUCAUCGUUUCUGAGAUUCUUUGCUACAAGUAUUAUAGAUCGAGGAAAGGUUACACGACAUUGCGAUGUAAUCUUGUUGUGAGAUUAUUAUGAAUAUAAAAUUCGUUCAUUUGUUAACUUA